UUCUGCUUGUUAGCAUAGCUUAGCAUAGCUUCAGCUGUUUUCGGCAGUCCAAGUGGUGGUGUAUCCGUGAUCUCUCUCUUUACCUGAGGACGGGCUGCAUUUAAAACCUUUAAAGCAACCAUCGUUAACAAGUGCUGCGGCAUAAAACACCGGUAGUUUCUCCUCAAAGGUGCACCGCACGUCUGGGCCAUGGCCAGAACAGAACAAGUCCUACUGCUCGAACCACAACACGAACUAAAAUUCAGAGGCCCAUUCACUGAUGUAGUCACCACCACGCUGAAGCUGAGCAAUCCAACAGACAGAAAUGUGUGUUUUAAAGUGAAGACCACUGCGCCUCGCCGGUACUGUGUCCGGCCCAACAGCGGCAUUAUUGAUGCAGGAACCUCUAUCAAUGUAUCUGUUAUGUUGCAGCCAUUUGACUAUGAUCCCAAUGAGAAGAGCAAACACAAGUUCAUGGUUCAGUCUCUGCUGGCACCUUACGACAUGACGGACAUGGAGGGGGUGUGGAAAGAGGCCAAGCCUGAUGAGCUAAUGGACUCGAAGUUGAGGUGUGCUUUUGAGAUGCCACUAGAAAAUGACAAAACUCAUGACAGUGAUAGCAACAAACUUGUGUCCCCCUCUACCCCCAUAAAGUCUGAGCUGACCUCCCUGCCCAAGUCUGCCAGCGCCUCCCUGGAUGAUGGGGAGGUGAAGAAGAUAAUGGAGGAGUGUAAGAGGCUUCAGAUGGAGGUCCAGCGGUUACGGGAAGAGAACAAACAGAUCAGGGAGGAUGAUGGGCUGAGGAAGAGGAAGGUGACGGUCAUGGCUGCCCACUCCUCUUCCUCGUCUGCAGCUGUGGCGACAGGCAUGAGGGAGGAGGGGCUGAGUACCCGCAUUCUGGCGCUCUGCGUGCUGUUCUUUGUGCUUGGGGUCAUAAUCGGCAAGCUGGUCCUGUAAACGACAACAACAAGGAUGGGAUGUCCACUUGAUUUUGUUUUGUUUAUUUGUUAUUUGAUUUGUUAACUUUUUUUUGUUUUGUUUUUUUGCAUAAGGCAAUAUCACAUGGGUUUAUUUGCGUAGUGGGGAGUAUUUAACGUAAUGACAAAAAUAAUUAAACAAAUGAAGGUUAUCUAAACAGUCGUGUAAAGUAUAACAACCAACGUCUUCACAGGUCUUGCCUUCUGAUCACUCUGAUGUUCUCUUUCUCCGUCCCUGCCUCCAUUCCUCCAUCCCUUCAUCCCUCCCUCCGUCAUUCCUACUUGCACAGAAACAGAGCGUGGUAAGGGGGGAGGCUAGUCUACUAUGUGUCCUAUUAUGAUAACGUGUCAAUGGUUAUAAUGUGCACCAGUGAAGCCAAGGCUUUUUUCCUACUGAAGAACCGAUGUGAUUGAAGAUAACGAUGGAAGUUGAUCUAAUGCUGCGUGAAUGUUUUAAUCACUGUUCUUUUUUAAAGGCAAAGGUGUGUGUGUGUGUGUGUGGCUGAGUUUUAGUGUGAGGGGUGAGACAACACGGCAGGUCUGUCACCCUGCCGGUUCCUGUGUAAAACACAAACAUGGCGUUUGGACUUCACUGAAAAUAAAACUAAUCAUGAUUAUCAUGUUUGAUCCCACCAAUACAAUAGGCUGCUUUUUAAAAGGUCUACUAAUUGUGUUAAUCAUAUUUGCAAUUGCUGUGAAACCUAUUAUGCGAACAGUUUCCCCUGUUGCAGUGAGCUAGUUAUUCAAACACGUGAAAGCUUUGUUUCUAAGUAUGCUGGAUGGGUCCAGACUGAAGUCUCAACAGGGUGAGAACUGACAGGUUGUCAUGCCCAUAGGCUGAUGUUGGGUCACUUGAUGUAUGUGACCUCUGGAGGUUGAUAGUCAGGGGUGGGUAAGAUCGUACACCCGGCUCCAGGCAGCUUCUUUGUGAAACAGGGAUGCCCUCUGUUCUUGAGACAGCAGUGUAGUGUACCUCAGAAGACGGCACAGUAGGUCUCACCUGUGGAUGUCUCGCUCUGUACAAAUGGAUCCAAUGGCGAGACACUAAACAGGUUAAGUAUAAAGUCUAUAUUGUAGAGCUGGGUGUCUCUCAACACUGCCCAUCUAACAUCAUAGGGGUCUUGCUUUAGUUACUUUUUUUUGUUUUGUUACUAUCAUAUAGCCCACAGUUGUGUUGUAGUUCAUUUAAAAUCAAUGCUCUGUACUCUGGUAGACAGAUUUCACUGUGUUAUGUUCAGCAUGGACACCAACCCCUAGAUUAACAUUAUUUCCUUUCUUUCCAAAACAAUCUUUUUUUAUAAGGGACCAUCUCGCGUCAGGGUUGAUGUACUCUAAAUUGGUUUAUUAUUUUGAGCUUGAUUUGUUUGGUCAUGGUUAUCAGGACGUCCCCUCUCCUGCCAGUCAGCCUAUCACGUCAGGAUGUCUCAUGGCUGCCUGGGGGUGUCAGGAGAGGAGGGAGCUGUGAACACUACAUAGAAAAGAAACUUGCUUCAGAUAUGUCAGAAAUGACCAUUACACAAAAUGUAACCACAACGAUUGGAUACUUUUUUGUAUGUACAUAAAUAAUAAACAUGUAAAGAAUUAAAUAUAAAUGGGCAACAUUAUUAUACUAACAUCAGUAGUCAAUGGUGUGAUGAACAAUGCAACCAUAAUGGAUCAUGUAGCAUCACAAAUAAAUUAAAAUGCAUACAUUCCCCAA